AUGGCUCUGCUCCCUUACUUCGUUCUUUCCUUUCUCUUUUUCUUCCUUUCACUAUUCUAUGUGACCUUUCACUCUUCGAAUAACCGAGUCAUGUCUGCCGCUGCUGCCGUCUCCCAGCUACGAGGACUCUUGGAAAAAGCCAACCUGUUGAUACCUAAAAUAUCGAAAAUUUACCCCAAUGAAGAGCAAUGGGAAGCACUUGGCGACAUAAGCAAAAGUCUUACAACAACUGCGACCAGAAUAGAAAACGCGAUCCGAGCGUCAAAAGAGUCGCGUGCAGAAAGAGCAUGGAAGGAAAGCGAAAAGCUUCGGUCUCAUGCCUUGGCGUGUAAAGGGGAGCUAUUGACUAACGGCCGGCUGAAGCAACCGCCGGUAUUCAGGCGAAAUAUUACGACUAUAUUCGAAGGUCCGAAAGACUCAAAGUUCGACUCCGAGGACGUCAAGGUCCGAAAAGCCUUGACCCGACAAAGAUGUGAGCAGAUUCGGCAACUCAGUCCCAGCGGUGUGAUUUCAUGGGCAAUGGCAUACGCGCCAAGCCUAUGGGCGGCAGGUUCGAUGUCAAUGGAGGUCUUUACCUGUCUUCUUGAUGACAUCGAGCCUGACCAAUGUCCACCGUGGCCAUCAAUCAUUGGAGAAACUUUACACAUGCUCUUAGACGACGAAGAGUUUUUGUCGGCAUCGUUAGAAUACCGUGAAUUUCUGAAAGCAUUUGACUGUUUACCGGAUGUCCGCCUAGACCGCCCAAGAAAACGGAGUAGAUUAGACAAUGGGCACAGUGAGGGGAGGACUCAGAUGAGCCAAACUUCCCCUUUUGAUGAGAAACGAGAAAUGAAGCAUAUGUACACAAAUCCCGACCCUGUCUGCAUAGACAGACUUCCAGAGCCAUUUCAGACCGCUGUCAGAGAAAGCCGGCUCUGGAAGUGGGAAAGGAGCCAGGGCAUGAAAACAACAGGUUGUCUAAGCACACUGUUUCCAAUGGACAACACACAGGAUGUCUCUUUGACAAUCUGGUGUGGAAACGCGGAAGCGUAUAACAUCAACGACGAAUUUGAGUUAGAGCUUGCAGCCUCAUCUCAGCAUUUGAAAUAA